GCGGCAACAAGCGGAGGGGGAAAAUGACACAAAAAUCUGAAUAAAUGGCGAAUUUCAAGAUGAAGUUUUGCCAACGAUGGCUUCUUUUUGUUUUGUUUAUUCCUUUAUCAAGUGUUUUAUGUUUCAGUGAGUUGUCCUUCAUCACAGAGCCCAGUGAUGUUACUCUUCUACCAAAGGAUCCUGCUGUGUUGGACUGUCAGGCACAUGGGCAGCCUCCAGUCACCAUUAAGUGGCUAAAGAAUGGAGUAAAGUUGGCAGAAAGUGAACACUUGCAGUUUCUGCCCAAUGGCUCCUUGUACAUACCAAAGAUAAAGCAUACCAAGGAAGAUUCAGAUGAAGGAUUCUACCAGUGCCUGUCCCAAAACAGAUAUGGGGCUAUUUUAAGCCAAAGAUCACGUCUGACUAUCGCAAUAAUCUCAGAGUUUGUCUUGCAUCCUCUACCUGUGGUGGUGUCUGAAGGCUCUGUGGCUCGAUUCUCAUGUGCGGUCACUUCCAGCCCUCUAGCCACCAUCACCUGGGAGCUCAACCAAAGCACGCUGCCUCUGCAGACAGACAGAAUAACAGUUUUACCCAAUGGAGUUCUUCAAAUUCACAAUGUACAACUGGAAGAUGCUGGACACUAUAGAUGUGUGGCAACUAACAUCGGCAGCCGUUUAAAGAGUAAUGAGGCAACACUAACUGUUAACAAAGUUGCAGGCACUAAACCCCGUCAGAGACCCAGAAUCAUCGCCGGACCUCAGAACACAACAGUUUCCAGUCACCAAACUGUGGUACUGGAGUGCGUGGCCACAGGCAAUCCCUCACCCAUCAUCUCCUGGAGCCGUGCUGACAGUAAACCCAUUGAUGUUUAUAAUGCCAAAGUGCUAGGUAAUGGAAACCUAGUAAUUACUGAUGUCAGCACCAAGCACAGUGGAGUCUACCUCUGCAGGGCCACCACACCUGGAACCCGCAACCACACUACUGCUGCCGCCAACCUCACAGUUCUAGUACCACCAACCAUUGUUGAAAGGCCUGAGAGCCAGACACGUCCAAGAGCAGGCACUGCCCGAUUUAUGUGCCAAGCAGAGGGGGUGCCUCCACCACGCAUCCGCUGGCUGAAGAAUGGAGAAGAGGUUCACUUAAAUGGGAGGGUAAAGAUGUACAACAGUAAAUUGGUGAUCACCCAGAUUAUCCCCGAAGACGAUGCCAUUUAUCAGUGCAUGGCAGAGAAUGAACAGGGCUCUGUACUCUCCUUGGCUCGCCUUAUAGUGGUGAUGUCUGAGGACAGGCCCAGUGCACCAAGGAAUAUCCAUGCAGAGACCAUCUCAAGCUCAGCCAUCUUACUGGCCUGGGAGAGACCUCUCUUCAAUGCAGACAAAGUCAUUGCCUAUUCUAUCCAUUAUAUGAAGGCUGAAGGUCUUAACAACGAAGAAUACCAAGUUGUUAUUGGCAACGACACAACCAGCUAUAUCAUUGAUGACCUCGAGCCAGCUCGAAACUACAGCUUUUAUGUUGUGGCUUAUAUGCCAAUGGGAGCCAGUCGUAUGUCAGACCAAGUUAGUCAGCAUACCCUGGAGGAUGUGCCUCUGCGUACCCCAGAGCUAAGUCUCACCAGCCAUAGUGCAACAGACAUCCAGGUAAGCUGGCAGCCGCUGCCAGCUAAGAUUAGCCGUGGCCGAGUGUCAGCCUACAGGCUCUCCUAUCGCACAGCUGUGGACAGUACUGUCAUAUCUGUGGAGAUACCUCACAAUGGUACUGAAUAUCUCCUGGAAAGUCUGCAGCCUGACACCAUCUACCUGCUCCGCAUGGCUGUAGCCACACGUGUGGGUUGGUGUGAGCCAUCAGCGUGGAGCUCUCACCGUACACCUAAAAUCUCCAGCAACAAAGUACCGUUAGCACCUAUUCUUCAACUUGAACCUCUCAACUGCACCUCGAUUGUGGCUCGCUGGCAAACCAUCCCUGAUUCUGUGGCUGCUCAGGGUUUCCGGCUGUGUUACCAUGAGGAAGGUCAACCAGAGCAGCCCAGCAUCCUGCUGCAGACUCAAACCUUUACCUACACAAUUAGUGGUCUUGAUCCAAGGAGAAAAUACCAUGUCAAGAUUCUGGCUGUCAGUAAAGUUGGAGAUGGCUAUCAGACAGACCAAACAAUUAGUACUCCGGGAUGUGUUUCGGCACGAGACCAACUGGCAGCAACCCCUCCACCUCCACAUCAAGUAACUGUCUUGAGCAGCAAUUCAUCUGCAGUGUCCCUGCGUUGGGGUCAUCCUGCUUUUCCACCUGGAAAGGCUGUUAGUUAUACAGUCCGCUGUACACCUGUGGGCACUCAUAAUGUCUCUGCAAUACGCUACCUACAAACAACCAAGCAAAGUGUGCUAGUUCAGAAAUUGGUUCCAAACACUCGUUAUGAGUUUGUUGUGCGUCUCCAUGUGGACCAGAUGUCGAGUCCCUGGAGUACUUUUGUUUACCAUCAGACCCUCCCAGCAGCACCUAGCCAACCACCUGCAGGAGUACGAGUCACUUUGAUUGAGGAUGACACAGCUCUGGUGUCCUGGAGGGAGCCCACUGAGCCCAACAUGGUGGUUACACACUAUACCAUCCUAUAUACUUCACAGAAGGCUUGGAUGGCUGGACACUGGCAAAAAAUGCAGAGGGAGGGAAGUCAUACGAUGGCUCUACUUGAAAAGCUGGAGCCUGGGAAUGUCUAUCUGGUGAAGAUAUGCGCCUCCAACACGAUAGGUGAUGGACCUUUCUCUGACAUUGUGGAGCUGGUACUGAAGCGUGGGCACAUUCACCGCAAUAAGAACCCCAGACACUCUGACUACGUCCCUGAUACAACAGUGUUCUCUGAUGGUCUCUACCACAUAGACCAGAAGUCUAUGACAGGGAUCAUGGUUGGUGUGAGCAUCGCCUUAACCUGUAUCGCCAUGUGUGCCUUGAUCCUGAUCAGCAAGGGAAGACCACGAAAAUCUUCCAGUCCAAAAGUUAUUGCUGUUGGAGCUUCUGAAGGCCCACAAGCUGGUUUGAUGCUGCCCAGUGAAUGCCACUCAGAGAAUGUGGAGGCUCUUAUACCUAUGAUAAGUCAUCACUUCAUAGAUCCUAAGGGUGGAUCUGGUAUAGUCAUAAAUAGUACUGGCCCCGUCAGCAGCAAGAUUCAAAGCAAGAGAUGGUUGCUUUUCAAGAGAGAGAUCAGAAAUCCACCUGAAAGUGAUAUUGAGGCAUCAGCACGCUUUUAUGAGACUGGCAAAACUGUUCUGAGAUAUGACGAGCAUCUAGGCUCUGCUCCUCUGUCCCCUUUAUCCCGGGAGAUCAUCUAUGGACCAUUUCACUCGGAGAGCUCUCACACCAGUGAGGGCAGUCAAGAGACGGGAGACUCUGGACACUACUCCAAUGAAGAAAGCAAUGAAGAAGCGAGCAACUCAUCAUCCAACCAAAGCCCUAGAACAGAAUCUUUGGGGUCAGACAAGAGCACCGCUAUCACCGAGUUGAAGCAGCCUUUUAAAGUGGAAAACGAUGAGAUGCCGAGCCAUACCUUCCAUCACUCUGCCACUGAUGCUUCCUGGCCCUGCAACACCUCCAAACACUCUUAAGCCUGCCCUGUUUGCUUCCCAAGCAGCCAGUUCUUGACAUCACCUGGCCUGUAUCUGCUCUUCAGCAGCCGAAGCUACGCCACUUCUACCUCAUUUGCUUCCUGAAAAGAGUCUUCUAAGUAUUUCCUGACAGACGAGGGAUCAGGAGGCUAGCUGCUGCAGUGGAGAAAAUGUGCAUUGCUUCGGUCUUACCUCAGGAUUUUGUAUGAAUGUCCAUUAUAACAUUUUGUUUCCAUUUUUUCACAACUUUCUACCUUUUGUGUGUUUGGUGUGUGUCCUAACCAAAGCUCACCCAUGAUGAAUGUUAAAAAAGAAUGUCAGAAAUGUACUGUGACAUAUUUUCAUUAUAUUUAAUUACUUUUCCACUGGGGUGGAGGGUGUAAUGGAGCCCCUUUUUGGCAGAUUAUCUACCUCAGUAUAUUGCUUUAUACAUUACUACCUCUUUUUUAACACAUUUACCAAGUUUUUGCAGUAUUAUCUCAGCUUCAGGGGACAAAGUGAAAGUAUUUUAUUUCCUCUUUUAGGAAAUUACUUUCUCAUUUUUAUUUUCUUGGUGGAAAGAGCUUUUGUUUGUUAUUGUUUGUCAUUGAUGUGAAGAUGACAAGUGCAUUACAUGGUGUCAAACUGUUUUUAGCUUUAUCAAACAGUGUUGUUUGGCAUUUACAGUGCACUGAACUCAAAGCUUUAACAUGGCCUUAAUGUAGAAAGGGCUUUGCAUACCAUAGAUGAUUAGAUCCAAAGACAAAAAAUACUGUACCCAAAGAGUUUUUGAUAAUAUGAUAGAAAAUUUAAGGCAACCAAAAAUAUAGUGGAUGUACAUUGAGGGUCUGUUUGCCAAAUUAUGUUCUUGCCCUAGAUGUAAAUUUCUCUUAUAAUACUUGUUUUCUCAGUGUAAAUGGUAUUAGUGCUUUAUUCUGGUGAAAGCUUUAGCACAAGCCUUGUGCUCAAUUUGCCUUCUAAACCAUUGCUAAAUGCAGAGGUAACACCGAUGCUAUUAUCCAAAGAGUUGUCUGCUUCCUCAGAUGGGUACAACUUGUUUUUAUUUUGUAUAUUCUUGGUACGAUGCAGUGGAAAGUAUUGACACAAGACCAGAUGUCCAUUGUGUCCUUCUAGUGACAGAUGAAAGUAUUUAUUCUUAACUGAAAGUGUUAUCGGUCACAUUCAUUUAUUUUGUUGUAAGGAUGAAGAUUUCUCUUCUUUCUCCGUCAUAUUUUCUGUCCAGGGGUGACAGUGAAGGACUUUGACGAUCAUCAUCGAAACCCUCUGUGUGAAGAGCAACAUAAUCAAUUUUUAUGCCUUUAUACAAAUUAUCCUAACCAAAGAAACUUGAAGUCUAUAUUAUUUAGCAAAUUUCUUUGGUUUUCAUUUACGUGAUAUACACUGUUUGCAUUUAAAAUGGAUUUGAUUUCCAGUGGGUUUGGUUACUAGAAAGGCAUUGUUACAUACAGUAGUUCUUAUUUUUUAAGCCUGAGAUGUCAGAAACUGUUCUACUGUCUUUUUAACAUCUUAAAUUUUCACCUGAAUGAUAUUCAGCUUACAUAUUGAAUUCUCAUUUAGAUUGUCCUUUUUAGCACAAUGUUGUAAACAAAAACAUUUUUAAUUGUAAUGUGGCAUUUUCCAAAAUAUAUCUGGCUUUAAGUUCAAUUUUCAGUUUUGUCAAUGCAAUGAUUAUUAUAGGUGAUGAAAGCCACACGUACUUUUUCUGACUCAGGUUUCAGAUUUAGAUUUAGAACAUAGACUUAAUUGUUAUUUAAGUUUUUAUAUUUCUGCUUUUUAAUGUCAGAAUACAUCUUUUAAUCCAAAGUGAGCAACAAAAUAUUUUAUGUGAUGAAACGUUGCUGCUGA